CCUCCGCGCGGAGUGGGCGGGAGGCGGCGCUGAGAUGAGUCGGGCCCUAGCGCCACCGCCGCCGCCGCCGUUACGGAGCUGAGCGCGCCGAAGAGGAUUUCAGGUGAUGCGGGAGACGUCACUGUCAGGCUACUCGUCCUGCCAUUCCUUGGACUGCUUUCCGGAGUAAACAACACCUGCUUUUGGACUUAUGUUGACCAUGAGUCUUGUCAUGAUAAGUGAGAAUGUGAAGCUGGCCCGUGAGUAUGCCUUGCUGGGAAAUUAUGACUCUGCAAUGGUCUAUUACCAGGGAGUACUUGACCAAAUGAAUAAAUACCUCUCUUCUGUCAAAGACACAUACCUCCAGCAGAAAUGGCAACAGGUUAGGCAGGAGAUAAGUGUAGAAGCAAAGCACGUGAAGGAUAUCAUGAAAACACUAGAAAGCUUUAAAUUAGACAGCACGCCUUUGAAAGCUGCACAGCAAGAAUUACCGGCUCAUGAUGGAGAAGUUUGGUCCCUGCCUGUACCUGCCGAGCGUAGAAGUUCACCAGGAGCCAGGAAACGUCAGUCUGCUCAUUGCAGUGAUUACAGGAGCCAAAAUAAUCGAGCGAGUGCAGCGCCUAAAGUCUCCAGCCGUCCCUCCUCCCGAAGCUCUAACGAUAAAGGCAAAAUAAUCCGUGGCCGGGAAAAGAAGGAGCCGCAGAAUAAAAUGAAAGAAGAAAAAAAUAAGCCCUCAUCUGACAUUUCAGAAUCGGAGCCAAAGAGAUUUGAUAGCACUGGAUACGACAAAGACUUAGUAGAAGCUUUGGAAAAAGACAUCAUUUCGCAAAAUCCCAAUGUUCGAUGGGAUGAUAUAGCUGACUUAGUGGAAGCUAAAAAGUUGCUCAAGGAAGCGGUGGUUUUACCCAUGUGGAUGCCAGAAUUCUUUAAGGGGAUUAGAAGGCCUUGGAAGGGUGUUUUGAUGGUUGGUCCUCCUGGCACUGGAAAAACGCUGCUUGCAAAAGCUGUAGCUACUGAAUGCAAGACAACCUUUUUCAACAUAUCAUCAUCAACACUUACUUCAAAAUACAGAGGAGAAUCUGAAAAACUUGUUCGACUUCUAUUUGAAAUGGCUCGAUUCUAUGCACCAACAACAAUAUUUAUAGAUGAAAUAGAUUCUAUCUGUAGUCGCAGAGGAACUUCUGAGGAGCAUGAAGCCAGCCGAAGGGUGAAGGCAGAAUUACUCGUGCAGAUGGAUGGUGUUGGAGGGGCUUCUGAAAAUGAUGACCCUUCUAAAAUGGUUAUGGUACUAGCUGCUACUAAUUUUCCAUGGGAUAUUGAUGAGGCCUUACGACGACGGCUGGAGAAGAGAAUUUAUAUUCCUUUACCAUCAGCCAAAGGUAGAGAAGAACUUCUAAGAAUAAGCCUGAAAGAGUUGGAACUUGCUGAUGAUGUUGACCUUGCCAAUAUAGCACAAAAUAUGGAAGGCUAUUCCGGGGCUGACAUUACUAAUGUGUGCAGGGAUGCUUCACUGAUGGCUAUGAGAAGGCGUAUUGAAGGCCUGACACCAGAAGAAAUCCGAAAUCUUUCUAGAGAUGAAAUGCACAUGCCAACCACAAUGGAAGAUUUUGAAAUGGCUUUAAAGAAAGUUUCAAAGUCAGUCUCUGCUGCGGACAUUGAAAAAUAUGAGAAAUGGAUAUUCGAAUUUGGAUCAUGCUAAGCCUUCCUACCUUGAGAUAUCUGCCUUAAGUCUUCAAACAAUUCCAGAAGUAAUUAAAAAGUAGUGCAACAGGGCACUGAGUACUAUUUUUAACUUUUGUAAUUACAGUUAACAGCAAUAUCCUUAAUAAAGUUAGUUUUUUAAACUGCAGCUCAUUUUUUUACCUCUUGCAGUUGUCCCUUCUGGUCUCUGCACAAGGUAUUUGCAUGUAAACUAGCCUUACUUCCAUCUAUGCACCCAACUAAUGCAAUAGUAUUAGUUGGGAAGUGUUAUGGGUACCUAUUUACAGAUAACAGGGUGAAAACUGUUUGACAUAGAUCCACAGUUUCAAUUUUUUAUAUUCAAAUAGAGUAAGCUUGUUCUUCUGUUGUUUGCUUACACUUAUGAUAAGUAAAAGUGAGCCACCUGAGCCUCAAGCGACAGCAAAGGAUCCAAAAUAACACCCAAGCUACAUACCUGCUCCUUCAGAGUAUGUAAACCCAUCAAGAACAGGCGAUCUCCCAUCCAUCCAGUCCAGGGAACCACUCACUAACAGUACCUUAAUUCUGUAACUUUAGCAAUACAGUGGUACCUCGGAUUGCGAACGCAAACCAUUCCGCCGAGGCGUUCACUCGCAGAGGCAUUCGCUUGCUGAAGGCAUGCUUCUGUGCAUGUGCAAAGCACCGAUAGAGCACUUCUGCACAUACACGAGCUGCGCAGAUCGCGUCUGUGCAUCUGAUGCCGCGGACCUGGAUGUAAACACUUCCAGGUCCACGGUGUUCGUAAACGGAGGUUCCACUGUAAGGAAUUCCAUAAACAUUCAAUGGGAAUCAAUGCUAGGUGGUGCUGGGAAACAUGAAUGGCACAAGGAGAAUUCACAGGAGAAAACCAAUGGCAAUAUAUAAAGGGUAACAUGGUGCUGGUAAGAAAAUAAAUAUUUUGCCUUGUCUCACACUUUGCUCUGGAGACCUUAUUCACCAAGCAGCAGUAGUGUUUCAGUAUUAUGAAUAUGUAGUGCUUUGUGUUCUAGCAUGGCAGUUAUUUCGAAAACGGAGGUCAAAGUAUUUAAGUAGUACUUUUCGAUAUAAAAUAUUUGAAGCCAUUCUUUUCACGUGAAGUCAUAGGCUUGAUAGCCACAUGAACCUGCCCUCAUGCUGCGAUCACCCUGGGUUCUCCCAUCUCCAAAGCUAAUGCAGGUAGCAGCUAGGAUAUGGGCUUUUUCAGUUGCUGCAUCCUCUGAUAUCUUUCUGGCCCCAAGCAAAUAUAUUUUUUAUUUCCCCAGGCCUUUUAGCUUUCAUGUUACAAAGGCAUUUAUGUGCCAUCUUUCAGCUGUAGAAAGAGCCCCCAAAGUAACAUUUGAUCAUUCCGUUGUAUUCAGUGCUGUUGCUUGGCUGAAGGUAAGGCUUCCAGCAGCAGAAUGAGGAGCAAAUCAAUUUCCCUCCCUCUCUCCUCCAAAUCUGGUCUGGAAACUCCCCAACCCUCCAGACUAACUUAGGAGGGAUGUGCAGGGGAAGAGAUGCUGCUUCCCUCCCUAUUUUGCUGACAGACUCCUUAUGGUCAGCUGAGCAACACUCCUCAACACAAUCCUAAAGGUAAAGGUACCCCUGGCCGUUAGGUCCAGUGGCGGACGAGUCGGGGGUUGCGUGUUCAUCUCGCUUUACUGGCCGAGGGAGCCGGUGUUUGUCUGCAGACAGCUUCCGGGUCAUGUGGCCAGCAUGACUAAGCCGCUUCUGGCGAACCAGAGCAGCACACGGAAACGCCGUUUACCUUCCCACCUACGGUAUUUAUCUACUUGCACUUUGAUGUGCUUUUGAACUGCUAGGUGGGCAGGAGCUGGGACUGAGCAACAGGAGCUCACCCUGUCACGGGGAUUCAAACUGCCGACCUUCUGAUCUAGACUCUAGGCUCAGUGGUUUAGAUCACAGCCACACCUGCGUCCCUUCAACACAAUCCUAAAGCUUUUUAAAUCUGUGAUUGGGUCUUUUAUCUGCUGCUGAGAAUUUAUUUUACGUUGCUGCUUUCCUCACCUCUAAGCAGUUAAAAAAAAUUGCUGUAUUUUUGUUAGGCAUCUUUGGAGCAGCAAUGCUGAAGGGUAGUCUAACAACUCUGUGAAAUAAACCACCCCCUGUAAAAUAUACGAAGCAAAUCAGUUUUGCAAAGGCCGGGCCUUGCUGCCCUAAAUAGACAGGAAUGAUACAAGGCCUCCCGUUUCUCUCAACAGAUAAGGAUUUAUUGUAAAGCUGUGAUCGUACAAAUCCAUAUGUAAAACAAUUCUUAGUAAAUUGGGAUCUUGAAGACAUUUUCUCUCGGGUAAGAGGCAUUUAUACUGUACUGCAACUUCAAGAAGUACAGUUUUACAAACACAACUUUCAGUGGGAAGAGGCCUUU